AUGUCGGCACCGACUAACCUCUUCUGUCUGGAGUCCUCUCCGGUCGACCGCCUUUCGGACGACAUACUCGGUCGCAUAUUCAGCUACGUUGAACCCGUCUCUCAUGGCGGCGACACGUCAGCGCCAUGUUCGCAGCAGCAGUCGCACAGCCACCAUUCUUCGCAGCCAGCAUCUAAUCACUCCCAGCCAUCCAUCGGCAAACGGCGCGAUUCUUUUCAUGAUAUUUCCGGAAUCCCUAACUCUGGGUCUUAUAAUUUAGAUGGGAGUUAUGCGCUCGUCUGUCGCCGAUGGUACCAUGUCGCAUGUGCGACCCGCUUGUACGUCGCACUGUCGCCUGAGCAACGCCUGUGCACCCGGCGAUUCUUGAAGGGUGUCGCUUCGUUCCCGUCGCUGACGUCAGUCGUUCUGCCAGAUGGCAGCCUCUCAUUGGCCAACGACCACUUCCUCUCUCAGUUGGCUGCCACGUGUCCAUCGCUUACACACUUCCAUCUCGGUAACAUGGCCGAGCCGGUUACCAAUCGCGGCAGGCGCGUCGCGUCCACUUCAUCUCGUCCUGACCACCGCGCUGCGUUCACCGAAGCCGGGCUGGCGUCUCUUUUCUCUUCCUGCCCGCGGCUCGAAUCUCUGGAGCUGCACUGCCCGCCAAAUCUGACCGCUCUUCCUCCGUCAAUCUGCGGGCUGACUCGCUUGACGGCGUUAAAACUCACCGCUCUGGGACUAAAACGCCUUCCUGACGGAUUCCGUCAACUUUCCGCUCUCGUCAGUUUAUCGAUCGACUCAGAAGCUCUAGAGAAGCUUCCAGCCGCCUUCGCGACGGACAUCGACGAGACUGUAGAGCCUUCCAUUCGACCAAACGAUCUGCGCAUCUUAGAUGCCGCGUAUGCGAACGCAGCAGACGGAUUGGAGAAUGUCGCUCGUCAGAAUAGUAGCAUACUGCCUCAGGAUGAUAACUCUUCGAUGGUUACUUCGCUCGCCCCCGUCGCUUCUCUAUCCCUCUCGAACACUCCCUCCCCCGCACUUCCCCUCCCCACGCUCUCCACCCUCCGCCACCUCUCCCUCGACCGCUGCCGUGCUCUCCGCGCGCUCCCCGCAUCCCUCCCCACCGCACUCCCCCUUCUCGAAACCCUAGAGCUGCGCGAAUGCGCCUUGCUUUCCGCCGUCCCCGCCUGCCUCCCCGCGCGCCUCCCCCGCCUCCGCGCGCUCACUCUCGCCUACCUCCCCUCCCUGCGCACCCCUCUCCCCGCGCUCCUCUCCGCAUCCCCCCCGCCUGCUCCCGGCGUAGCGGAGGAAGCGGAAAACGGUCAUUCCGGGGCAGUUUCGGAAGGGGGGGCACCUUGUAAGGAGGAUGCGAGGGAGAGCAGGGUGGGACGGGCCCGGCUGGAGCUACUCGAAUGGAAGCAGAUGCAGGAGACUUUUGAGACGUCUCAAAAGGAGAGCAAGGUAGGACUGGCCCGUCUGGAGCUACUCGGGUGGAAGCAGAUGCAGGAGAUACCCGCGGAAACCCUCACCUCUCUCUCCGCCUCCCUCACUGACUUAACCAUUUCCAACUGCCCCGCGCUCUCCUCUCUCCCGGACGAGCUUUGCCGUCUGCCCCACCUCCGCUCCCUCGCUCUCCUCUUCCUCCCACUCAUCGCCUCCCUCCCCGCCUCCCUCCACCUCCUCGCCCACUCGCUGCACCAUCUGGAGAUUUCCUUCUGUGAUUCGCUGCAGAGUCUCCCCGCGUCCCUCACCGCGCUCUCCGCCCUGCGCUCCUUGCAUCUCGUCGCAUGUGACGCGCUCACCCGCCUGCCCUCUCCGCCUGUGGCUUUGCGACUCGUUGCGCAUGGGGAAACAGAUGUGGUAACUGGCGCUGCUGCUGCUGCUGCUGCCGGAUCAAACAGGCUUGAAGGGUCCGGUGGGAUGAUAGGAUUGGUGUCGCUUCACAUAGACUUGAAGCACAACACGCACAUCACCCACCUCCCUCACUCACUCUUUUCCCUCUCCUCCCUCGCCGCACUCACUUUCUCACACCUCUCGCACGUCGCCUCCAUCCCCCACUCCCUCUCCCUCCUCGCCCCCUCCCUCACUGAUCUCCACAUCAGCCACUGCCCCCUGCUGACCGCCCUCCCCUCCUCUCUCUGCCAGCUCUCCUCCCUGCAAUCCUUGGUCAUCCAAUCCUCCUCUUCCGUCCCCCUCCCUCCCCCUCCCCCCCAUCUGAUCCUCUCUCACCUCCGCUCCGCCGCUCUUGCGCCCUGCGUGCUCCUCCCUGCCGCCCCUGCUCUCCCUGGAUCGAGGGAAGGGGGGGAAGGGGGAAGCGGAGGGGAGGAAGGGGGAGGCGGAGGGGCGGAUGGGAGAAGCGCGCGAGCGGAGAGGGAGGCGCAAGUGUCGGGGGCAGCGCAGGUUCGGGUGGUGGCUGGGCGGUUCAGGGACGUGUGCACUCCGCCGCCCCUCUCACACUUUCUCAUGCUGCACGUGUUCAUGCGGCCAGGGACAGCUGUCAACAUCCCAUUGGCCCCCACUCAGUCCGCCCUCAUAUACGUCCUAGAGGGCGUGGCGAUGUUUGGCCCGCGAGGAGAGGCCGUGUUCCAAAACGAAGGGCACUCCCUCCUCUUCCCUGCAUCACCAAGUGUCACAUCAGCUGCCAUGUCAGACGCUGCGUCAGUCAUGGUCAAGGGAACAGAUUCCACAGAGGGCGUGGCAGCAAGAGCAGAUGAGGAGGAUUGGAUUCGGGUGGAGUCACACAGUUGGGGAGGAGGAGCCAUGGCGACGAGCGGCGUGAGAGGGACGAGUUUCCCCGCAGCCAAGCCGACCGUCUUCGAAGCGACGGGCUGUUACAAGUGCGGCCGGCCAGGUCACUGGUCCAAGGACUGCAGUUUUGCCGGCAAUGACGCCGGCCGCGCCGCCGAAAAUCGCAACACCGAAGCGCGCGACUCCGCGACCCGCUUUCCGCCCAGUAACGCGGCGAACAACCAUAACGCGUCCCCCAAUCAGCGGCCUUUUGGUUCAGCCACCCCGCAGGGAAAGCGGCCAUACAACGGUUUUUCCAAUGCUCCGGACGGAAAUGCGCAGCGCGAAGGGAUGGAUGGCGCCGACAAAGUGGAUCCGCUCAACCAAAGCGCGCCAGCGGCGGCGGCGGUGGGGUCGAAGGUGACGCGGAAGCGGCCGAAGCUGACUCCGAUGAUGCUGCUGUCGGAUGAAGGGCUUCCUUACGUGCUGAAGGAGCUGCCGAAACAGAUCAAGCUGCGGGGGAAGGGGCACGAGUGUGAUGAUGCUGCUGUCGGACGAGGGGCUUCCUUACGUGCUGAACGAGCUGCCGACGCAGAUCAAGCUGCGGGGCAAGGGACACGAGACUCGCGGGGAUUGCUAUCAGUUCGACGACGCUGUUGUCGCACGGGGCCGUACGUGUUGAAAGAGCUGCCGAAGCAGAUCAAGCUGCGAGGGAAGGGACACGAGGCCGGCAUUCGUGAUCUAGUCGACGACUUUGAGCAUGGGAGAGGCAUCGGCAGCGACCGAUUCAAAGACACAGCGGGUGCGGAUGCAGAUGAUGGGGGUACUGCGGGUACAGCUGGUGUGGAGCAGCCUGAUGAUGAAUUCCCUGGGCUUGGCGGUGGCAAUGUUGGCGGUGCUGGCGGUGGCAAUGGUGGUGGGGAACACGGUUUAGGUAGCAAGGCGAAUGAUAGUGGGCAUCGUGUUGGGGCGACUCAAGGGUCCGCCCUGCAGGAGGAGCAGAGCAAUGAUAGCCCUCAAGCAAGCAGCAAGAGUGACGGAAUAAGUCCCAACCGUCACAGCGACCUUGAGAGAAAACCUGAUGAAGGUUCUGCUGCGAAUGCUGGUUCAAGGGGCCAAGAGGACGGGAAAAGUGGUUGUGACGAGGAAGGUGCUGACGCGGAAGGUGGUGACGUGGAAGAUGGUGACGUGGAAGAUGGUGACGUGGAAGGUGCUGACGGUGAGAUUAUCUCAGGGAACUUGCUGCCAACUGUCAACCCAUCUGCUACACCAGCCGCCACUCCAGCCACCACUCCAGCUGCCGCCCAGGCCCACAGUCCUGCUGCUGCAGUCCCUGAUGUCCCCGCCGAGGAUAGUGAGGAGGCUCUUAUGGAGGAUGACAUAGACGCGGGCACCAGUGCAGAGGCCCGAGAGGCUGCCACUGGUGGUGUGGGCGCAGGCGUGAAGCACAAGGCCAAGAGGCUGUUGAGUCGCCUCAAAAGCCAUCCUGUGGCUGCCCCUGACAGUGUGGGCGCCGGCACCACAGCAGAGGCACUUGCGGACACCACAGCAGAGGCUCGAAAGCGUACCCCUGACGUUGAGGGUGCAGGCAUGAAGCAGAAGUCGAAGAGACGACGGGUGAUUCUAGAGGACGAGGAUGAGGACGAGGAGGAGGUUGCUGGCGCUGGUGGUAGUGGCGGUGCUGGUGCUGGUGCUGGUGUUGGUGCUGACACUGCUGCCCAUGCUGCUGGUGCCGAUACUGAUACUAGUGGUCAUGCUGGUGCCGAUGGCAAAGGGUCUGGCAACAAACACGAAGCAAGGGUUGAGAGACUGAAGGGCUGCAUAGUGGAAGAGGCAGAAGGGCAAGCAGAAGGGCAAGCAGAAGGGCAAGCAGACAAAAGGAAAGCAGAGAGCGACAGAGGGACAGGAGAUAUUGGGCUUCUUGGUGGGGAGAAGGAGCAGCGAGAGGAGGUUGCAGCAGAACAGGAGAACGGGGAGGAGAGUACAGAAGAGAAGGAAGAGGAGGGUACAGAAAACAAGGGGAAAGAGGUAUAG